AUGCGUUGGUGUUGUUUUAAAUUUUGGUUCAUCUAUCGUUUAAUGUUGGCCGUUUUGGCGCAUUUCAAUUGGAUUAUCGCAAUUUAUGUGAAUUGCAUAUAUUUUUGGUUGUGGAAAAGUUAUGACUUAUUAUGGUUUUGGAUGCAUCUAAUUUUGUCGAUUUGCUUUAAACCACUUCGAAAAGAAAAUUAUUUGCUUGUUUGGUGUAAUUUAUUGAUAAAAAGGUGUCGUUCUGAUUAUCGAUUUACAUCUUACAGAGUUAGAUUUUUACCACCUUUUUUAUCACCUUUUUUAUCACCUUUUUUAAGUGAAAAGCAUGUCUUGAAACGUGAAAAACAAGAUCGUAAAGCCCUAACAAAAAAAAUUCGUGCGAGACGAAAAGCUGAACUGGCAAUUAUAGCCAGGAAAGAAGCACGAGAAAAAGCUUUGUCAAACGCAAUAGAAUUAUUAUUGCAAAUCUUAAGAAUGAUUGCAUCUUUCGCUAUACUUGUAGGCAAUAUUCGUAAGACAUUUAUUCCCGCACAAUUCAAGUGGUUAAAGCCAGGUCAAAAUGCAUAUGACAAUCCAGAAUUACUUAUUUUAUUCCGAUUUACAGUUUUUUUGGAUGUUGUGCUUUUUUGGAUGAAUAUCCUUUGGACUAAUUGUCUCCAAUGUCAGUUAUGUUGUCGACUUGGUAUUGUAAAAUUUUGGUUGUGGUCACUGGUAUUAGCAACUGUUGGUGGAGUCUUUAUGAUUAUGCCCAUGAUAUAUGUGCAAAAAAAUUUGGAUAUAAGCUGGUGUAGGCUUUUGCCAAAUUCAAGCCUCAUACGUUAUCAACCAACAUGGUGA